AUGCCUCCAUUCGUGUACUCACAACUUUUCGUCCGGCCAUCCUACCCCGAGGGAUCUCUAAAAGGCCAGACAAUUCUCGUUACCGGUUCCAACGUCGGUCUUGGUCUCGAAGCUGCCCGUCAUGUCGUCCGUCUCGGCGCCUCCCGCGUGAUUCUAGGAGUGCGCAAUGUCCCAGCGGGAGAAGAAGCCAAAAAGGAUAUUGAAGCUUCAACCAAGCGCUCUGGUGUUUGCGAGGUAUGGGAGGUAGAUCUCGCCUCAUACAGCUCCGUCCUAGCCUUCGGAGACCGAAUCUCCCAGCUACCCCGCCUCGACGCUGCUAUCCUGAAUGCAGCAAUCGCUACCGAAAAUUUUCAGCUCGCCGAAAAUUUCGAGCGAACAAUCACCGUCAACGUCAUCAGUACCCUGCUCAUGGGCCUCCUCGUCCUCCCAAAGCUUAAGGCCACCAAGAAAGAGGUGCCUUCCAGUCACCCGCACAUGACAUUCAUUGUCAGUGAAGUCCACGCGUGGGUACAAUUCGAUGAAUGGAAAGAGAAGAACACGCUUCAGGUCAUCUCCGACCCUGCGAAGGCUCAGAUGGGAGUCCGAUAUCCCUUGUCUAAGCUACUAGAGGUUUUGGUUGUACAAGAGCUUGCUGGGAGAGUGCGUGGAUCAGAGGUUAUUAUCAAUAUGGUGAACCCAGGUCUUUGCCAUUCACAGCUGGGCCGAGAGGCGGGCUGGGGGCUCUGGUUGUUGAAGCAGGUUCUGGCUCGCUCAACGGAAGUUGGAUCACGCACACUUGUUGCUGGUAUUUUGGCAGGGCUUGAAUCCCAUGGUGCAUAUAUAUCUGAUGGAGUUGUUCAAAACACAAUGCUUUCCGAAUUUGUGCGCAGCGCAGAUGGAGCCAAGGCUCGUGAGAAGGUUUGGAGUGAGGUAACAGCGGUUCUCGAAGGAUUGCGACCUAACAUCUUGCAAAAUAUCUGA